CCCCUCCCCCCUACCCCCCUUCUAUCCACAGGUACUGUACGGAGUACAGCUGUUUGAUCCCGCCGACCUUCCGACUUCCUUGUGGUGCGACAUUCGCAACCAUGAUGGCCGCAAAUAUCCCAAUCACGCCCGACAAACGCGGCCACACACCGACACCGGAUUCGAUGCGCCAACGACGCGCGCCCGAGCCCGAGCCCGAAUACAUCAGCCUCGUAUCUGGCGAUGAAGAGGAGCAUACCAGUCCCAAUCACCGCGCAGCGCUGCACAACGGGUCGUGUUCGGCAAGCUUCUCACAAGACACCCCAUCAUCGUCUGCCGCCCACGAGGCUGAUCGGGUCGGCGACCGAGUCGACAAGUUGAUGGCGGAUUACACGCGAAACAUACCUCGUCAACUAUACGGCAAGAAGGCAAAGUACUACGUGGUCUGGAAAGGCCACCAGUGCGGCAUAUUCCUAGACUGGGAUACGUGUCGGGCACAGGUCACUGGCUUCAAGGGCAACAAAUACCAGUCCACCAAGACCUACGAAGAUGCUGUCGCCAUUCUGCGCCAAGGGCUCUCCGAACGGUUGGAGGAGUCGCACGAGGCUCUGCGUCACCGCAUGCGCGACGAAAUGACCUACGAACCGCCUAGAGCACCGUCCUCCGAAAUGCGUAAUGAAGUGCGCAACGAACUGCCCUACCAACCGCCCAAAGAAAUGCGCAACGAACCGCGUAACGAAACGAGGAUCGAGAUACUCACGCCGGAGCCGUCCCGCCACGCGCAAGAUCUUCUCCCCCCGCCACCUGAACUCACACCUCCCGCGACCAACGCCGCCAUUGCAGCGCCGCCGACGCCGACUACCAGCCCGGAGGCUGGGAGGGUGGAACUGCCCCGGGAACCCGUUCUCUGCAAGGAACAGCAAGACGCCUUGGAUCUUGCCGUCCAAGGGCGCAACCUCUUCAUCACUGGGUCGGGCGGUUGCGGCAAAUCGGUCCUCGUCAAGGCCAUUCACAAAAAGCUCUUGGCCAUGAACAAGGUCGUCCACCUCCUCGCACCCACGGGCCAGGCUGCUCUCAACAUCGGAGGUAGGACGAUCUUCAGUUACGCCGCCUGGGUACCUGAAUACAUGCGAAAGUCACUCGAGGAUUUUAUCAAAGCGUCGCGUCGUAAACGCACCUGGGAGCGGCUCAUAAAGACCCAGGUCCUCAUUAUCGACGAGAUCAGCAUGGUCGAAAAUCAGGUCUUCGAACGCCUUAGCAGAAUCAUGACCCGCAUUAGGUAUGACGCAGAGCGAUCGACCCCUGGAUUUUGUCCGCCGGCCCAAUCUUUGGCGCCUUUUGGAGGCGUGCAGAUUAUUGUUGUCGGCGACUUUUGUCAAUUGCCCCCAGUGAAGCCGUUUGGGAACUGCUUGGCUUGUGGCACACCGAUGGUCCGCACAGGGACCUCAACGACGGGCAUCUGGUACACUUGUCCUAAAGACGACGAGCACGGCGUCUUCCGGGAGGAGGACAAGUGGGCAUUCAAGGCCCCGGAAUGGGAGGAGUGCAAAUUCAUAUACGUGCAGCUGACCAAGAUCCAUCGGCAGCAGGAUGAAGAGUUUGUCAGGAUUCUUCAGAAGUGCCGGCUGGGCGAGGACCUUGAGGCGGCCGACAGGAGACUCCUCCUCCGACACCCGAGCGAGGUCGAGAAUGGAACUCGGCUAUACAGCCAUCGGACUUAUGUCGACGAGCACAACAAAGAGGAAUUUGCAAAGCUCAAAGGCAGGGUGCGAGAGUACUGGGCUCUUGACCAGUUCCGCUCCCGCUACGGCUACGGAUCUGACGAAGGAGCACAUGGCGAAAUUGAGGAUGUGGGCGACCCGUCUAGGGACGCGAUCGCUGAAGAAGAACUUGAAAAGCACACGAUAUAUGACGAUCCUACAGGUCGAGCGCCGACUUCACGGAAACAGUUGGUGUCUCUUGGAGAUCACCGCUACCAUCACUGCUUGGCGCUCAAGCUUCGCAUGCCUGUCAUCUUGCUCUCCAAUAUCAACUUGGAGGCAGGACUAUGUAACGGUAGCCAGGGCGUCAUUUGCGGAUUUGUGCCGGCCUCCGGGCCGAAAAGUUUGACAGAGCCACAGAAGAGCGACUACAAAUUAGAUGAAGACGCAUACCAGGCCGCCCUGGAAAAAUACAAAAGGUCAUUGACGGCACCCCGGUUAGAGACUUUUGGAGAGCCACAGAGGAAAAACUACGAAGAUGACGAAGAUGGCUUCCAAUCCGCCAAGCAGAGAUAUGAUCAGAAUCAGGUCUACCUGGAAAACAACGGACGCGAACUCCUUCUCCCCGAGGUCAGGUUCGCCAACGGCCUGCGCCGCGUCAUCGGUCCAGACACCACCGUCAACUGGGUCGGCACGAAGUCCCCCUACAGUUUCCUGUCGCGGACGCAGAUCCCCCUGGUUCCGGGCUGGGCCUUGACCAUCCACAAGAGCCAGAGCCUGUCCCUGGACCGCGUCAUCGUCAAGCUAGCCGCCGUCUUCGAGAAGGGGCAGGCCUACGUGGCGCUGAGCCGAGCGCGGUCUCUCCGGGGCCUCAGGAUAGAUGAAACCAACGAGGCGGAGCUGGUGAAGGGCCUCCAACUCGAUGCGGAGGUGAGGAGGUUCUUGCAGGCGUUCAACGAUAGGAUCGCGUUGCAAGACUCGGUCGCGAGCACAACGUCGAUUGUCCGUGAACUCUCGCCGGACUUGCCGGGAUCGCCGGAGACGUUUUGAUUGAUUGAUGGAUGGAGCAUGUGUUGGGUUCUGGAUACGGAGGCGUCGGGGGUUGCACGGUUGUGAUGAGCGGAUAUUGCCUUGUGGGAGACCGAUGAACGAUUCAACCUAUAUCUCGACCGAGAUUGCGUGGACAGGGGAACCUCUAUCCUAACCCUGUCGAUAUGAUUUGUACCAUAUAUCUUAUACCAGUACAAACUAACUAUAAGAGCUACUCAGAGUCGUAAAGAAGUCGCAAAGCAGUUGCUUGAAGCGGAAGCAAUGUGCUUUGACUCAAUGAGAUUCAUGUAACACAGCUGCGCGCCUGUGAGUUGCUUUUGUAUAUCCACGCUCAGCUCAACUUUUGUACAGAGUUCAACAUGGUGGGUUGUGCUUAUGCAAACGGCGAGCCACAUGACCCAAUGUCUCGGGAGGCAAUUCCCACGAUGCGGUUCGAUGCAUACGUCGACACUGGACCUAUUCCGACUUGCCCAGCCCGGCCACCACGCGCCCAUAGUCGUCCGCUGCCCUGCCCUCCCUCAGCAUGAAAACCUGCGUCACGGUCCCGCCACCCGGCGCCGUGAUCUCCAGCCGAUCGACCGUGCGGAAGCCGUACCGCUCGUAGACGGGCCGGGCCGCCGGGACGGCCUCGAGGAAGGCCAGCAGGCCGUCCUCG